AAUUGUAGGGGUGUACGAGAAGAUAUAGAUACAGAAGAUGUACAGGAGGCGUAUUUCCGGUUUAUGGAAGAGAACCCAGAGUUUGGUGUUAUUAAGGAUGAUGAAGAUGAAUAUGAUUAUGACAGUGAUGGAAAUGUUAUUCCCAGAGAAAAAUCCAAGAUGAUUGAUCCUCUACCACCAAUAGAUCAUUCAGAUUUUAAUUAUCAACCAUUUGAGAAGAAUUUUUAUAACGAACAUUCAGAGAUAUCAACUUUAUCUUCUGAUCAGGUUAACGACCUACGACACAAACUCUCCAUUAAGGUAUCUGGAUUGGAUCCUGCUAAACCAGUGUGUAGUUUCGCUCAUUUUGGUUUUGAUGAACAAUUAUUAUCAGCUAUAAGAAAAUCUGAGUACACCCAGCCAACUCCUAUUCAAUCACAGGCUAUACCAGUUGCUCUAGGUGGUAGAGAUAUUAUUGGUAUUGCUAAAACAGGAAGUGGUAAAACAGCUGCGUUCCUGUGGCCGUUAUUAAUUCAUGUUAUGGAUCAGAAAGAAUUGGAGCCUGGUGAAGGACCAGUAGGAUUAAUUUUAGCACCAACUAGAGAACUUUCUCAACAGAUUUAUCAGGAAGCGAAGAAAUUUGGUAAAGUUUAUAAUAUUAAUGUGGUGUGUGCCUACGGUGGGGGCAGUAUGUGGGAACAGUCAAAAGCUUGUCAAGAUGGGGCAGAAAUAAUAGUAGCUACCCCUGGUCGGUUGAUAGAUCUAGUAAAAAAGAAAUGUACCAAUUUAGAACGAGUAACAUAUCUAGUUUAUGAUGAAGCAGAUAGAAUGUUUGAUAUGGGAUUUGAGCCUCAAGUAAGAUCUAUAGCUGACCAUGUUAGACCAACUAGACAAACUCUGUUAUUCAGUGCUACAUUCAGAAAGAGAGUAGAGAAGUUAGCGCGAGAUAUAUUACAGGAUCCAAUACGUAUUGUUCAGGGUGAAAUAGGAGAGGCCAAUGAAGAUGUCACCCAGCAUAUAGAAGUUUUACCUCCUGGACCUGCUAAAUGGUCAUGGUUAGUAAAACGUCUUGUUGGCUUCACUACAGAGGGCAGUGUGUUAAUUUUUGUCACGAGGAAAUCUAACAGUGAAGAAUUAGCAGCCAAUUUAAAAGCUCGAGAUUUUACGUUGGGUUUACUUCAUGGUGAUAUCAGUCAGAUGGAACGAAAUGAAAUUAUUUCAGCUUUCAAGAAAAAAGAAUUCCCAAUUUUAGUGGCAACUGAUGUAGCAGGUAGAGUUUUUAUAUCCUUGACCCUUGAGUUUAUUGUCAGACUUGCUUUCUACCUGAAGUUCAAUAGGCCCUUGCAAAAUUCCCUCAUUGCACACUGCAUGGCAUUUUCCGUCUUCAUUAGCCUGAUCAGGUGUAGAAAAGAAGACGUAAAACUCCAUUCAUUUCAUUCCGUUAAGUGA